AUGGACUCGUCCUUGACAAACAUCGGUUUCGUCGUCGCUGUUCAGCCGCCGUCAUCUCAACCCGGCUCUGGAAGUACCGGCCUCGGCAUCGAGAACACCGCCAUAUCGGGUGUCACCACAGCCGUCGCCGACACGAAUGACUGCUCCCUGCUGGCCGCGUUUAUCAGGCUUGGCGAAUGGGUGCUGGGCCCCGUGUAUUCGAGCUCAGCCGAUGCUGCUGACCAUCUGAUUGAUGACCCAGACCUAGAAGACGCCAACAACACCAUGGGCGCAGACGACUCAGCCUUCCCAGCCCACGACGAAGCCGCUCAAGCAGGCCGACGACAGAACAAUGUGAAAUACUACGGCGAGGGGCGCAAGAUGAGCAACAUUCGGCCGCAGAACGGCAUCAAUUACUUCUGUAAGAACGUUGGCUCCGACCAAGCAGGGCGGGUAUGGGAGUAA